GUCAGCCGUUUGCUCGAGGCCGAUCGUCACUCUGGCCUCAUCGCGCUCGCUGUCUCUUCGUCCACGUCGCCGUCGCCGUCGCCGCCUCCCACGGCGACGACUGUCGUCGGCCACAAACUGGCCGCCAAUGCCAUGGCAACUGUGUCGCCGCAAUCCGCCGGCCACAGGUCGGCAGCAGGCAGCAGAAGCGGAAGCACAAACUGUGAGUAUUUUUCUGUGUUCGAGUGA